AUAAAGGAAGAAAAGUGGAUUUAAAAAUACAUCGAAGUGAUACAAAGAUAUUCAAUUCUGGAAGAUUGUCUCAAGUUAUUUCACCCAUAAAUAUGAAAAUUUUGUGAGUGGAGUGAAGCAGAACUCUAUGUAAAGUUUUCCCAAUCACUACCUCAACUUAGUGUUGAACGUACCAAAUUCCAAAGCUAAGCUAUGAAAAACCUUUGUCUUUCUUCUUGUUUCAUUUAUCUGUUAGUUUUAAUCUCUAUUACAGAUGCAGCUGUUCAGUUGAUAAUAGUGAACAACUGUAAUGAAGAGUUGUGGCCAGGGAUCUUAGGAAACCCGGGUCAGCAAAAUCCUAAAGAUGGUGGGUUCAAGCUCAACAGCGGCGAGGAAGUUGUUCUUGACCUGCCUGACAAAUGGGCAGGAAGGUUAUGGGGCAGGCAAGGUUGCAUUUUUGAUGCAGAAGGAAAAGGGCAGUGUGAGACUGGUGACUGUGCUAGUCAAAUUCACUGCCGCGGAGCAAGUGGAGUCCCCCCAGCUACGGUGGUUGAAAUGACAUUCGGUUCAUCAGUGUCUCCCCUACAUUACUACGAUGUCAGCCUCGUUGAUGGAUUCAACUUGCCGGUCUCUAUGAAACCAGUAGGGGGAGGGGUUGGAUGUGGUGUUGCUAAAUGCGAUGCUGAUCUGAAUGUCUGUUGUCCAUCAGCAUUGGAAGUUAAAAAGGGUAAAAAAGUGGUAGGCUGUAAGAGUGCUUGCUUAGCUAUGCAAUCUGCUAAGUACUGCUGUACAGGCGAGUUUUCAGAUCCUAAAACUUGCAAGCCUACCGUCUUUGCUAAUCUAUUCAAGGCCAUUUGUCCAAAGGCAUACACCUACGCUUUCGACGAUUCAUCAAGUCUUAACAGAUGCAGAGCACCAAGAUAUGUUGUCACAUUUUGUCCUCCAAAGUAGUUCAUUAACCACAAAGAUCAAACUUCUCUUAAGCAAGAAUUAGUAGUCACUUAGAUUAUCUUUUUACUUUGUAAGUCUGUAAUCUUAAGAAGCUUUAGCUGUAAGAAUGUCCAUCAACUCGUUAGAUUAAGUCCGUCUAAAGUCAGGGUAAUGAGAAUCGAACACAAUCAUUUUAGUAAAAUUACUUUUGCAAACUUUUGCCGACCCCAAAUCAUUUUAAGACUACGGCUUGUUGUUUGUUGGUUGUUGUAUACUUUUGCAAACUUUUGAAAUUAAUUUAAUUUAGAUUUUCUGGGAAAAUAAAUGUGAGAAGGAAUUAGUAGACAAGGAGCAAUGAUAAGCAACCUCAUCUGUGGAUCCAUCUCUACGGUUGUCUGGCCGCUGCUGAAAUUUAUUGAUUUGAUUU